CCGCGUAUGAUGCGCGUGUUGCCUGCUAGAUCUGAGGGAUCCGCCGGAUCCGCGCCAAUAUCCGGUAGGGACAAUCAUGGCUGUAGCGCUUUGUAGUUGCGGAACUGACAGGCUGCGCCACGGCGACGGAGACUACGAGGCCACUGUUUAUUCUUUCGCUUAUGUCCAGGGAGGAGGAGGUGACUGCAGUAUGAGCACAACCUUGGGCGGAAUCGCAAAGAGGACUCAAGGACCAGAGCUGUGCAGGGCGAUUGCAACUUGGCACACAUGCCUAUACGCACUGCGGCGCCGCUAUGGCGCUAGGAUAAACAUCUGGCAACAGAUCAUGUGCCAGGGAUCCCAAAACAUGCCCAUCCGUGAAGAGGACGAGGGUGAUGAUGGGGAAAUGGGUGAGGAAGCGAAGGAAGAGUUGGGAGAAAAGGGACAAGUGGAGAAAGAGAAGGAUACGCAAAAGGAAGGGGAUCUGGUUGACACCACUGAUGCUUUUGUGUCACUUGUGGAGCAGAAACUGUUGUCAAUUGCCCGAGCAAGUGCCGAAGCAAUCCGAGCGUCAGUAAAGAAGGGGGCUGAAAGCAAGGGCACACAUGAAAAAUCGCUGUACCCAGAUGCGGUUGCAAGUGAGAUGCUGUGCGUAAUGCAAAAUAUGCAAGGCCAACAGACAGCAGUUGUCCUGCAGUCACUGGAACGCUGGUGGAAAGGGAUGCCUUUGACAGGUGGCCUGAGCAUCAAGAAGCUCCAGAACGAGUCACCGUCAAAAUCAACCGAGUCUGUAAUGCAGCAUCAAGUGCCAUCAGAUGCGCCUGCCACUCCCCUAGGCCAGCAGGACGGCUUGUCCCAGUGGGAUUAUUGGUCAUUACCAGGGACACCACAGCAUGACAAACAAAGGUCAUUGGCACCACCUGCAGUGGCACAAGGCUCAUUUGAACGAGUGACAUCGGGUGCAUUACCGUCGAUUGACAAGUUGGAUCACCAGACUAGCCUGGGUAGUGCGGAGACAUCUACAAGCGGUGGCGAUGGUAGAUCAACAAAAGCUCUUGCGAGCGCUGGCACUCAGGGGAGCCUACAAGCAGUGAAUUCAGGGAUACUCUCUUGGAGCAAUUUUUAUGGGGCCAGUCAUCAGACACUGGGAGGUCCAGCUCCCCGGUGCAAUAGCUCCAUGGAGUUCUCUAGUUGGCAAAUGUGUCCAGUUGCUGCUCCUGUAACACUUGAUAUCUCAGCAAGCUCGCAAAUCGGACAUUCCUCACAUUUAAUGGAAACAGUCUCCAGUAGCGCAACCACCACUGUGCCUGCUUCCGUUUGUGUGUCUUCCACAGCUCUUGCAGGACGAGGCCACCCAACAUCGCAUGGAGGAAAUGACGGCAUGAACCCCCUCCCAGUGCCAAAUACCUCCUCUCCGGUCUCACCUCAGGCGAAUGCCCACCCUUUACAACAUUCAUCGCUCCUAGACCGUUUCUCGCUUCUUGGACGUUCCUCACCUGUUGGCCCUUCACCAUUGGGACGCUGUGCAACUGCGGUAGGAAUCUCACGUCUGUCAGCUUCCACCUCAUCCUCUGGAAGUAGCUCACCUGUGGGUGCAUUGAGGGGGGACGAGCGAAAUAGACAAUGCCCAAGCCCAGGAACUGGACCCGGUCUAUCGAGUGUGGGUUCCCCUUCACCUGUGGGUACAUCAAGGGGUGACGAUCAGAAUAUACAAUGCCCAAGCCCAGGAUCUGGACCCGGUCUAUCCAGUUUGGGUUCCCCUUCAUCACCACCAGGCCCAUCUGUUAGUGGAAUUAGCAAUUCCAGUCCACGUCCGUCAAUACUCAAGAGGUCAUCCUUUGGCAAGGCAUCCAGAUUGUCUUACAGGAGUCGCAAGGCGAGCUUGAGGAAAAGCCUGAAAGUCAUCAUACCCUGUGAGCGACGACUGUCUGGAGUGGCUGACUCGGCACAUCAGCAGUACAGCCCUUCAGUCCAGUUCUUAUUACCAGAGGGAUAUGGUCAACCACGAAGCCCUGGUCGCAGCCCAACUCCAAGCUCUGGAUGGUUACCGGGCUUGGAGAUGAACACGGGGAAAAAUCAGUGGGAUAUUGCUGUUCGAGCAAUUGUCAAGCGCAGAAGGCGGCAAAACAUCAGGGAGAAGAAUGAGAGGCUUUCUGGGGUGAGCAGAAGGAAGUACAUAGGAAAGUCACAGUCUGCUCGUGCUCGUUUGAGAGAGAUUUUGAGCGGACAUUUCUUAUUCAGUGACUUGGAGACACGGCUUCGCGAAGAGCUUGUUGAUGCCUUCCAAGAUUUGCGGGUUCCACAAAGCAUUGAUAUUGUCAAAGAGGGGCAAAUCGUAGAACACUUUUAUGUUGUGGACAUCGGCGAGCUUGAGAUCCUGAAAAGCCAGAUGGCGUGCCAGGGACAACGCUUCAAGGGAGGAGAUUGUUUUGGAGAUGUUGCCCUUAUGUAUGACAGCCACUGGAACAUGACAGUAAGAUCUGCAACAAGUGUACUACUGUGGGCAGUUGAUCGUGUCACCUUCAAACGCAUUCUGUUGCUGCAUCUGACAGAGUCCAAGCUAGCUCAGGUCCUCAGAGAGACCCCUUCUCUGAGGAAGCUUUCAACGCAGGAGGUGGUUACACUCGCUAACCAAUGCACCACUGAGACUUAUCAUCGUGGAGAUCACAUUGUUCGUAGUGGCUCGGUUCUCAAUAAGGUUUACGUGAUUCAAGAAGGCCAUGUGAAAGUGACACGGAGCGCAGGGGUUACGCGAGCUGCUGAAGGACGAGGAUCAGGAACAAUGACGGGAAUAACGUUCAGUGGUGAGAUGGUGGCAUUGAUGCCCAGGCUCUCUCUAGUUGGGGAAUCCUGCAUUUUGAGUGGCGAAUCCAUCUGCCCAUUUAACUUCGUGGCUGCUUCCGAACAGGUUGUGCUCGUUGGAUUUGAUAGAAAGCUCCUGAGCUCAGAUAUGCUUCAGCGAAUCAAGAAAAGACUGCAAAUCCAGCUUCUGACAACAGCAUUGCUCCGCGUUCCAGCACUGGCAGAGCUCAAUGAGGAGCAAUUGGAAUCGCUUGCUGACCUUUUCACAGAAACACACCAUUCCUACGGCACCACAAUUACACAUCAUGGAGAUCGCCCAACGCAUAUCUAUGUUGUCCAGAGUGGGCAAAUACAUGUAUCACAGCCCCCAAAACCCCACCCGCGGGAGAAGUCAACAACCCGCAACAGUGGCGUUCAUGCGCCUUCCACGCGCCAAGCUCAGACGGUUAGCAAACACAGCAAUAGAGCAGAUGUAGCAACAGAUGGCAGAAGUGCGCCUUUAUCAGCCAGAGGGCCAUCGAGCUUCUUCAGGAUGUUUUCUUUGGGCCCGGCAUCAGAUGCAAAAUGUGUCAGUUCCACUCCUGCUAGUCCUGCGGAACAGUCUUCAAAGGGGAGAGAAUACGGAUCCUGGGAGGUUGCAUUCGGACGAAUGAUCAGGGAAAGCCUCGGAGUUGCUGUACCAGAAAGCUCACCGAAUAAAGUUGAUAAAGGGAAGUCUGGUGUGCAGGAUGAGGGAUUGGAAGAAAGUGAGGGGGAGGUGGUGACUGCUCUGCCCCAAAGCUCUGAGUUGGCGGACAGCUCAGGGGACGAGGCAUGGCAGAGAAACAAACGGAGCUCUCAUUUGUCUGUACAGUCUUCGCCAUCAUCAGCAGAAUCAGGACAUGUUGGGGGAGCGGGCACAGGUUUUGGAAGGUUGCUUGGUUCUGCUUUUGGCUCACGACAUUCCUACCUUAAAGGGGGCGGAAGUGGUGGGAGCCCAUCUGAUACAGCGUCCCCUGAUGGACAAACAAAGCCACACAUUAUGACGGAUACUAGGAAGGAGCGGGCUGGUGAAGUGACUCCACACAGUUCUGUCUUGUCUGACAAACAGGCCACAAAAGUUGUUUCGACUGAGACUAAAACAGAGCCAAGAGUUGGGGGGAAUGACCAUGAUUUGGUCACUUUUCAUGGGCGGGGUAAACUGUUAGUUGCAAAAGCUGUCACAGAACCUAAAGUUGGAGAUGUAUUGGGAGGGUGUCCUCAUGGUUCAGUCUCUGCUGAUGCAAAGUGCAAGCAUUGCAUCGCAGUCGAGCCUAAAAAGGGGGGGCCAGGCAAAGGAGGGAGUCCAUGCAUUCCAGCCGUUUCUGAUGGACGAGGCAAGCAGUCGGUUGGGACAGAGCCUCCUAAAAAUAGAAGUCACCUGGGGGAUGAGGAACUCGCUUCACAUAAGAUAAAGAAGCCUUCUAAGACUGCUCACUCCAGUCGUGCAGCUUCCAAUGAAUGGAGCUCCGUAUUCAUGACGUAUGCUGUGUUUGGGGAUGAAGGUCUGUUGGGGGGCAUUUCAAGGUACAGCAGUGUUGGAGCCAGUUACGCCUAUACUACUGUGGUGAAGUCUUCUGAUGCCCUUUGUCUGCAUCCACGGUUUGGUAAGUGCCAUGUCAGCAGUGCACGACAGCAUCAGUGCCACGUCAGCAACAGUGCCACGUCAGUAGCAGUGCCACAUCAGCAGCAGUGCCACAUCAGCAACAGUGCCACGUCAGCAGUGCCACGACAGCAGCAGUACCAACACCAGCAGUGCCCCGCCACCAUGACGGUUUCAGCUUUGGGCAUGCCAGGCCAACUGGCCAGCGAGUCCAUCGACGAGUAUCGGCAGUGGUUUCUAGCUCAGCUCGCACUGAUCGAGGCUGAGCUCGGGAAACUGAGCUGCACGGGAGGUGAGGCGACUCCACCUCUCACUCCGCCAGAUACGGCCGCCUUACUAGCAGCCUCCUACACAUCUGGGGAGAAUGCGGAUGUCGCGAAUCGUUGGUUCACUUACGAGGAUUACGCUGUCCACUUGGUCCCACCGUUGGACCAGCCACUCCACGUGCAAUCAUCCACCGCAUGCACGGUUUCAUCACCAUCGACAACCGAUUUGGCAGCUUUGCCGCCAACUAUCGCUGGGGAUUCGGCAUCAUGGUCAAGACUUCAGAGACUUGACCCAUUGACGUUCGUGGACUUGCAAUGGAUGCCCCUUCCCCCGACCGGUCGAUUGCCGAAACCGCAUUGCAACAUGCUCAUGGCACAAUUGCGGGAUUACUUGCACAAUGCAGUACCAGCCUCGUUGAUGGACGCCGGAGUAGAGGUUGUUAACCUUCACGACUAUGUUGCGAAGAUCGACCGCGAGUUCAAGACAGAACGGUACGACGACAUCGACGCGCCAUUGUUGUACAUACGCAUUCAGAUCGGAGAGGCGACCUGCACCGCUUUGAUCGAUUGCGGAGCUACUCGCAACUAUAUGAGCCAAGAUUUCUGGUACGCGCUGGCCUGGGGCCACACGUUCAGAGGAAGUCGCAGCCCACGCAAGUCACGUUGACCGACGGUCACACGCACAAGUCAAUCGACCGGUGCAUUGAUUCCGUCCCCGUGUACUUCGCCCCGCAUGCAAGCGA